CCAGUUCCUGGUGCGUCACGAGGGAGUUCCUUAAAGGGGAAGUGAGCGGAGCUACGGGGCGGACGUGGGGUUCGGUGGUCGGCGGGGAAGGCCCCCCGCGUUUCAAAAUAAUGCCCGCGGCGCCCUCGCGACCAUGCAAUGGCGAGCGCUCGUCCUGGGGCUGGUACUCCUUCGGCUUGGCCUCCACGGAGUGCUGUGGCUCGUCUUCGGGCUGGGGCCCAGCAUGGGCUUCUACCAGCGCUUCCCGCUCAGCUUCGGCUUCCAGCGCCUGAGGGGUCCCGACGGCCCCGCAUCUCCCGCCUCCGGGCCAGCGGACCGGCCCGGGGGGCUGUCGGGGCCGUCGUGGCUGCAGCCGCCGGCCCCCGGGGCGGCAGAGGGGAAGCGGCGGCGGGCUCCGCGGCGGCCCGGCCAGGGCGUGUGCGGCCCGGCCCACUGGGGCUACGUGCUGGGCGGCCGGGGCCGCGGCCGGGACGAGUAUGAGAAGCGCUACAGCAGCGCCUUCCCACCCCAGCUGCGCGCCCAGAUGCGCGACCUGGCGCGGGGCAUGUUCGUGUUCGGCUACGACAACUACAUGGCGCACGCCUUUCCUCAGGACGAGCUCAACCCCAUCCACUGCCGCGGCCGAGGACCCGACCGCGGGGACCCCUCAAAUCUGAACAUCAAUGAUGUGCUAGGGAAUUAUUCCCUUACUCUGGUUGAUGCGUUGGAUACCCUUGCAAUAAUGGGAAAUUCAUCCGAGUUCCAGAAAGCAGUCAAGUUAGUGAUCAACACAGUUUCCUUUGACAAAGAUUCCACCGUCCAGGUCUUCGAGGCCACCAUAAGGGUUCUGGGGAGCCUUCUUUCUGCCCACAGAAUAAUAACCGACUCCAAGCAGCCCUUUGGUGACAUGACGAUUAAGGAUUAUGACAACGAGCUGUUACACAUGGCUCACGACCUGGCCGUGAGGCUCCUCCCUGCCUUUGAAAACACCAAGACUGGGAUCCCCUACCCUCGGGUGAAUCUAAAGACAGGCGUUCCUCCCGACAGCAAUAAUGAGACGUGCACGGCCGGUGCUGGUUCCCUCCUGGUGGAAUUUGGGAUUCUAAGCCGACUGCUGGGGGAUUCCACGUUUGAGUGGGUGGCCAGGCGAGCUGUGAAAGCCCUCUGGAGCUUGCGGAGCAGUGACACGGGAUUGUUAGGCAAUGUUGUGAACAUUCAGACGGGCCACUGGGUCGGCAAGCAGAGUGGCCUGGGUGCCGGACUGGACUCCUUCUAUGAAUACCUCUUGAAAUCUUACAUUCUCUUUGGAGAAAAAGAAGACCUAGAAAUGUUUAAUGCUGCAUAUCAGAGUAUUCAGAACUACUUAAGAAGAGGUCGGGAAGCCUGUAACGAGGGAGAAGGGGACCCGCCCCUCUACGUCAACGUGAACAUGUUCAGCGGGCAGCUCAUGAACACGUGGAUCGACUCUCUGCAGGCCUUCUUCCCUGGACUGCAGGUUCUGAUAGGAGAUGUGGAAGACGCCAUCUGCCUGCACGCCUUCUACUACGCCAUCUGGAAGCGCUACGGGGCCCUCCCCGAGAGGUACAACUGGCAGCUGCAGGCCCCCGACGUGCUCUUCUACCCGCUGAGGCCCGAGCUGGUGGAGUCCACGUAUCUCCUCUACCAGGCAACCAAGAAUCCCUUCUACCUCCAUGUAGGAAUGGACAUUCUGCAGAGUCUGGAAAAGUACACAAAAGUCAAGUGUGGCUACGCUACGCUGCAUCAUGUCAUUGACAAGUCCAAGGAGGACCGGAUGGAGAGCUUCUUCCUCAGCGAGACCUGUAAAUACCUGUAUCUGCUCUUUGAUGAGGAGAACCCAGUACACAAAUCUGGAACCAGAUACAUGUUUACAACUGAGGGACACAUUAUAUCCGUUGACGAACAUCUCCGGGAGUCACCCUGGAAGGAGUUCUUCUCUGAAGAGGGAGGGCCGGACCAAGUGGAAAAGUCUGGGCACAGGCCUAAACCUCAGGAGCUGAACGUCAUCAACUCCAGCUCCAAUUGCAAUCGGGUUCCUGAUGAGAGGCGAUACGCCCUGCCCCUAAAGAGCAUCUACAUGCGACAGAUUGACCAGAUGGUUGGCUUGAUUUGAUCUGCCCUCCCCUGGGUGGUCUCCAUCUGCAACCAGACCCCAAACAGCUGAACCCCGGGCCAGGCCGAGACCCAAUCUGAAGUGGAGGAGGAUGGAAGUCUGGCCAUCCACGAUGGUGUAGGAAUUUUCUUUCCAGCUCCCCGCGCACAUCUGGUAGAUCCUUGCACACUUUAGUGUUUCUCUUCUGUUCAAUAAAAUGCCCGUUUGUCUUAAGGAUAUACUUUGAAGUGGAAAGGUACGUAGAAGUUGGCCUCUUACGAUGUGCACCGUGGACAGGCUGUCUUUGGCUGGAUCCUCAGAGCUUCCUACUUCGGGGUCUGUCGAGUCAAGUCUCCUCUGCCUGUGCUCGUGUGACUGCAGCCUGACUACCUCUCCACCAGAGGAUUGUGAAUGAAUUUCUGUGCAACAGGUCCUGCGGCUCCCCUGACUGCUCUGUUUAUUCUAUUUUGUCAUCUUCUCUCUGGAUCACUGGGCUCCUUCCCAGGUCUCCCCUCUGUGACUGUCAGUCACGUGGGGAAGAAUCCAGUUAUUCAUCUGUGCCCCGUGUGAUUGUCAGAGUGACAAGAUUAUCUGCUCACAGAGGGAGCCGGAUUCUAACAGGCAGUCUCUUAGGUUGUCACAUCACCGUUCAAGAGCUUAACAGGUAGGUCUUCCAGGUGGUGGUCUCUGUUUCUCAUGAGCUUACCUGAGGAUCUCCCACGGUUUCAGAACCAGGUGCCUUUUAGGGAGAGAAAAAUACCUGUGAUCAUCUGAGUCUUACAUCUGCCAACCAAGGAUUCUCAGUUCUGACCGUGUUUGGGUUGGGAUUGUUUUGUUUUCGUUUCCUGUGUCUAGUGCCAAUUAGCCAAGUCAGGGAGAAAGAAAUGACCAGAUGACUUCCUGGUGUCCUCGAGCCGUUUCUCUGUGUAAUACAGGCUUUCGAUUAGUGCCUUAUAUUUUUGUUUGGGCCACUGGAUGUCACAGCUGCUGCUAUGGUUUUAGCAGGCUUGUUUUGUACUGCUCCAUGGUGAGACCACAGUGAAAGGGGGAUGGGAUGGGGUAUCAGGUAGGUAGAUUCUGAAAACUUCUUGGCCCAUCCUUGCCUUUCAGCCUGCUAUUUUAAGCAAGCAUAUAUACGAAGGAAGUCGUGCUAAAGCGCCUCUUUUCUUUGUUGUCAUUAUUUCCUUAGCAAGAAUGGACUAUGUCUCUUUGAACUUGUGCAGAGUGCUCAGAGAAAGCAGAGGUGGGCUUGAACCCUGAGCUUGGCUUCCCUGUAGUGUCAGAGGUUGACAUGAAUCUCUGCAGAGAGGGUAGGAAGUCUCUUCAAAACCUCCAACUUCACCUGUUGUGUGUGGUUCCCCCAUUACUGCUGGCACACUUCAAAUGAUUUUAUUUUAGUCUUUUUAAAGCUAGAAGAGAGGGCUGCAUAAGCCAUUGUAUUUCCUAUCAAAAGAGAGGCGUUUUAUUCUUGAAAACUUGUGUUACUGUUUUUUAAAAAUGGAUAUAUAAUUCAGUUCUUUGAGAUUUCUAGAAAAGGGAUUUUCAGUAAUAAAUGUCACAGCUAUAAAUGCCUGUCUUUUUAACAUUUACUGUGCAAAUUGUUUUAAAGGAAAAAAAAACACAUCAAAUGCUUCUUUUUUUACAUUUUUUCUUCAUUUUAGAAGCAUUCUGUUUAUCAACACUGUCUCAUCUACUGAGUAGAAAGUUUUCUUUGAGAAUAUCCUAUAUAUUUUCAAUGUUUUCGUUGCUUCGUUGAAACCAAAAGAUCCCAUUUAAAUACAAGUGGCCCUGCGCCUUUUCUCCAGGUUAACCAAGGUGGGACUAUCAGUGAGCCUCUUGGGAGAAUGGGGCACCUCAGGGAAGAAAGUGGGCCCUCCGUGAUCAUGCAGUGGUGUGACCACACCCCCACAACCCCCUCCUGUGGGCUUAGGCACCCCAUCGCCCCUCCCCUCUGGACCAGGGGCCAGGGCCUGAGUGUUGCAGAAGCAUCUCAGGACCACAGGUUGACGGAAGACAUGUUCCCUCUCAGCUUCCAGGCCCUGGACUUGUACCGGUUGUGAGUCCGAGGGUGAGGGGCUCGUUCUCACCCUGGUUGCCAAGCUUUCAGAUUGCCCUCAGUGACUAGAUGCCAGAAUGCCAUCUCUUGCUAGUUACAAGAGAAGGUUCUCUGAGCCACAUUCAAAUCUUGCUUUCUUUUUGAAGAUCGGAAUGUUGACAACUGUGAUGUAUCUUGCAGGGUUUUUGCUGUUCCUUCUAUUCUGUGUUGGAAGAGAUCAGGGAGGGGAGGGCUGAGGAGAGGAUUGUCAGGGGAAGUCCCUUGCUCUGUGACUUGCCCUGGGAACACCCUGAUCCCAAGCAUGCCAUGCUUUGGAACAGCCCCUACCAUCCUUGCAUUCCCAUGUGCAGCUAGUGUCUAAAGGCUCCGCUUUAGUUGACUCAAUGAAAAUGGUUUUGCCAAACCUUUGUGGGAAGCUACCUUACAGCUACCUUUGUGGGCUGAGUUGAAAUCUACCCCCCCAGAGUUCUAAAUCGUUCCAGGGCAGGCUUCGCGGGUUGAGAUGGUAUAACUGAGGGAUUCCGUUUCCUGGAGAAGGAGGAGGUGAUGAGGGAAGUGUUUGCUAGCUCUCUGAUUGUCCUGGCCUGGGUGAAAAUCAGCUUCCAUGUUCAAGUCUGUCCUUCAGAGCUUCUGCAUCCCCAGGUUCUGAGGCUGUCCUGGGUCAUAGGGCAAGAACACACACUUCAGUAGUUUUCUAGGUAUUUAUGCUCCAGGAUGGUGUCUGUGCAGAUAGAAGUUAGUCUCUAGCUCCCUGGCUGGAUAAGUGCCAUGGUGCAGUCUGAGGAUCUCAGCUGAAUUCCUCUCUUACCUCCGCACUGUGUCCCCCACCAAAGGAAAACACCCCUUAGCCAUUUUCUUAGCUCACUUGAUUGAAUGAUUGCAAACUGUCAUCCUUUGCUUUGGGUUUCACAGACGCAGUAUCAGACAUUCCUUUCUUGCAGAGGUCUUUCUCUUUUGCUGAUUUCAAAUUUAAUGCUGGUUAACAGGUCUGGCUGGAUGAUUGCCCUAGCCCUACAGUGGCUGAGCAGGAACUUUAGGGAAAAAAAAAUCUUGAUCUUUCUUUCCUUUUGCAUUCCCAGACAUCCAGCUCCUUCUCUAGUGCCUGUUCCUGCAGGGCAGGGACUCUUAUGAAAGUGAGAAGGGGGGGUGGGGGGGUCUCUGGGCUGUGUCUCCAGGUUUUAUAGGGCUCAGGGUUGCAUUCCCAACUUGAAUCUGGAUGUGAAUCUGGCGAGAAUGUCAAGUACCUGUGGACCUUCCCGAUUCAUUACCCCCUUCCCUCUUUCUGAGAGGCAGCGAAAUAAUAUUUUGAAAGGUAUUUUUAGUUUUAAAUAGCAAAACACAAGCUGUAUUUUUUAUUUAUUAUGCCCAAGAAAGGUAAAUCUGUUUUUACAAAAGGAAAAAAAUCUAGAGUUGGAAACUCUGGGAAAACCUAUUGAAAUACACAAAUGCUUCUGUCUGUAAUGUGCAAUAUGCUUUGCAACUAUAGAUGAUAUUUUAUGUGUAAUCUGUAAAUAAGAAAUGUAUUUAAAUUAAAAGGGAGCGUUUUGUAAAAGGACCAAAUGUUCUUUUAUAAAUGUACUAAGAAAUAUCUUGCUCUUGGAAACUUAUUAGGAUUUUUAUGAGUAAUUUUUAUUAAAAGAAUUCUUUUUUUUUUUUU